AAAUUUGCCGCAUCCCAGUACUCCACGUCAACAAGCUGCAACCCUCCCCAAGAGCGCUCGCCAUCAAGAAAUCCUCCUCCAAUAUCUUCGUCAGAAGCAAUCAAAAUUCAACCCAGAUUAUGGAUGCAGAAGGAAUUGCAUCUUCCAUUGAAGGAAAGCUUGACCAAUAUCUACCACCACCACCAAUAUCUCAGUGCUCCAUAUUUAAAGUGCCAAAUAUGCUACGCAGGGAUAAUGAAAGGGCUUUCACGCCGGAGGUAGUUUCGAUCGGUCCAUUUCACCGCAACAAUAUGCAGCUGCGAGAAAUGGAAAAUAAUAAGCUACAGUAUUUGGAAUGCCUCCUCAAUCGAACUGGAACUCCGAAAUUGAAGAGCUUGGUAGAAGCCAUCGAUAGGAUUGAGCAGGAUUGCGGUGACUGUUAUGCAGAAGUGGUUGAUCUUAGAAGAGACAAAUUCAUAGAGAUGAUGGUGAUUGAUGGUUGCUUGAUCCUUGAAUUCCUCUACAGAUAUCAGGAAAAACGGUGCGUGGAUGAUCCCGUGUUCAACACGUCAUGGAUGCCAAGGAAAAUAGUAGCAGACUUGCUUCUACUUGAGAAUCAACUUCCUUGGUGCGUGCUCGUCUGUUUGUUCAACCUCAUCACGACCAACGACUCAACAACAACUGAGUACCAGAACUCCCUACUUAAUGAUCUUGUUGCCAUUCCUUUUUCGAUGGAGUACAGAAUAUUCUAUUACGACGAGCACCGGCGCAAUAGGCUUGGAACACAAAAGCAUUUACUCGAUUACUUCCGAAACUCUAUAGUUGGAUCUCCGCCUAUAAAACGGCCUGAAUCUCCGCCUGCAAGCUCCGUACACCCAAAUUGGAUACCAAUUAAGUCCGUGAUGGAGCUUUUGGACUUGGGAGUUGGUUUCUUUCCUGUUCCAGACGGAGGAAAUUUCCUCGAUGUAAAGUUCGAAGAUGGCAAGAUGAAAAUCCCAGCAAUAUUUAUAGAGGAGAACACAGAAUGUUUGUUUAGAAACCUCAUCGCAUUUGAGCAUUGUGAUCCCAGCAAAGGCUAUGAAAUCACGUCUUAUGCUUCUCUCUUGAAUUGGCUGAUUAAGUCUCCCGAAGAUGCACUUCAUCUCAAAAAGAAGGAUAUUCUACAAAUUAUUCGUUCGAGCAAUGAGGACAAGGCAAGUUUCUUAAAGCUGCUUUAUAAUAAUGAUACCAGUUUCCAUGGUUUUCUCUACUCAGACCUCUGCGAAGACGUGAACAAAAUUUAUUCCUCCAAUUGGGCGGUAUGGAGAGCACGUCUUAAGCGCGAAUAUUUUAACGAACCAAAGGAACUUGCUAAUUUCCUUUAUGGAGUCGUCCUUUCUGCGUAUCUUUCCCUUAUACAAACAGUUUUUGCUAUCCUCUCCUACAAGGCUUCUAUCAAGAAUGCAUGAGUACACGCACAAGUCAUUUUCAGGAGGGGUCACAACGUCGGGUCCUUAUUUUAUGCCAUCUAGUACUUCAUCGUGAGCUUCCCCUGUUUCUGAGGUAUGGAAGUAAGUCAAGAAGCUGAAGGAAUCUUCUGUUCCCAGAGGAAGUACAUUGAAGAUCUCUUAAGAAGAUUCAAUAUGUCAGGUUGUAAACCUGUGGCAACUCCAUUAAUUCCUAAUGAGAAAUUGAAAAAGGAAGAUGGUGGGAAUAAGGUGGAUGCUUCGAUUUACAGAAGCUUGGUAGGAAGUUUGAUGUAUUUGUGUAACACCAGACCUGAUAUCUUGUAUGCCACUAGUUUACUUUUAAGAUUCAUGCAAUAUCCUAGCCAAAUACAUCUUGGAACAACCAAGAGAAUUUUGACAUACUUGCAAGGAACUAUCAGUAUGGUAUUUGGUAUAAGAAAACUUCAAAUACAAAGCUGGUGGGAUUUACAGACAUUGAUUGGGCAGGUUCAUGUGAUGAUUUGAGGAGCACUUUAGGUUAUUGUUUUAGUCCAAGAUCUGCUAUGUUUUCUUGGAGUUCGAAAAAGCAAGGCAAUGUGGCACAAUCAACUGCUGAAGCAGAGUAUGUUGCAGCUGCAAGUUGUGCAAACCAAACCAUUUGGUUGAGAAGAAUACUUGAAGACAUGGGGGAGAAAUAGUUGGAAUCUACUGAAAUUUCUUGUUAUAAUAAAUCAGCCAUUGCAAUUGCCAAAAAUCCUGUCCAACAUUGUAGAACAAAACAUAUUGUAAUUAAAUAUCAUUUCUUGAGUGAAGUUGAAUCAAAUGGUGAAUUUGCUUUGAAGUUUUGUAGAUAAGAAGAGCAACUUGCUGAUAUAUUCACAAAAACACUCCCAAGAGACAAGUUUC